AUGAAAGAACGAGAUGAGAUUCAGAAAACUCCUUGGAAUACAAAACCAUUGAGUAUAUUUACUGCUUUUGUGUGGUCUCGAAGUAAAACAUUUUCGUAUGCUUUACCAUCGUUAGAUGUAACACAUGACAAAUUUGUUGUUAGUUCUGCUUUGGAAAUAAUAUUGAAUCAUCUUGAAUCAGUUAUUCCUAAUGUUAAAGAGAUAAAUUGUUUUUCUGAUGGUGCUGCUUCUCAAUUUAAACAACGUUUUCAUUUUCGAAAUUUAGUAAGAAUAGCUAAUGAACGAAGAAUUGAUUUAAGUUGGCACUUUUUUGCAACAUCUCAUGGAAAAGGUGUAGUUGAUGGAAUAGGAGGUACCGUAAAGCGUCUCGUUUGGUCAUCUAUAUUAGCAAGUGGUGUCUGUCGUUCAGCUGAAGACUUCAUUAAGUUGCCAAUGAAAGAGACCAACAAAAUAGUUCUUAUAGAGAUAAAAAUCAGUGAUAUUAAUACAUCAAAGGCUAAACUUGAAAGUAUUUUUAAAGCAGUUAAAACUGUUUCAGAAACACAAAAAGUGCAUUCGGUCAAAGUAAUCGAUAACAACACAUUGGAGUUACGGUAUUAUUCUACAUGUUCUCAGAAAAAAAACAUGAAAUAUUGA